AUGGACAUUAUCUUCAAUGGUUCAUUGGUCCACUACAUUACAUUGAGGGAGGUUGUAGACGAUAGGAAAGAUGCAAUGACCUUCGAUUUGAAUGGUACAGUUAUUGCAUUCUCCAAAGAAGACUUCCUAUUGGUGAUGGGAUUGUGGCGAUCACCUAAUCCAACAGUUGUAAGGAGUGGUGAAGCACUUGGAUCACUGCGUAGUAGGUACUUCAAGAAUGAUUUUGCGAGGACAUUUACAUUGGAAAAGACAAGGGCCAAUGUCAACAAGACAUUAUUAAUUGAUGUGGAGGAUUCAGAAUACUUUAAUUCCAUGGAUUGGAGAAACGUGCUAUGGGAGAGGAUCUUACUUGAACUACAAAGAGGAUUGAGUGGCAAGACAAGGAUCACAUCCAUCCCACUAAUCAUGUUGGAUAGAGAGAGGCAGUAUAGGGACAUUAGGGUUGAUGAACGACCCAUAUACGAGUGCAUUGAUGCUAAGACGAUCUCCUCAGAGACAUAUAGAUCACACCAUGAUGCAGAUGCUCAUAGUCACUCUAGUGACUAA